AUGAAGAAUGACAGAUCUCUCCCAGAGUGUUUUAGGCUCUUUGAUUUAUUUCAUAUACUCACGACUGACCAUGAUACAGUGACAAGGAUCGCCAAGGAGGUUGUGGGGGAUUUUGCUGCUGAGAAUGUUGUGUAUUUGGAAAUAAGGACGACACCUAAGAAUAAUGAAGCCAAGGGGAUGACCAAGCGAUCCUACAUGAAUGCUGUUGUUAAAGGUCUUAAGUCUGUUGAAGAUGUUGAUGUUGUUCUAUUUGAUUCUAACUUAAGAAACGAUGAAAAAUUAAGUUCUACACCUAUGACUGAUUUGGGUGGCGACAGAAAGAGAAAAAGGAUAUAUGUUAGGCUCCUUCUGAGUAUUGACCGUCGUGAGACAACUUCUGCUGCAUUGGACACUGUUAAUUUAGCCAUGGAAAUGAAGGACCAGGGUGUAAUUGGCAUUGAUCUCUCUGGCAAUCCAGUUGUAGGGGAAUGGGAGACAUACUUGCCUGCUCUAGAACAUGCUAAAGAACUGGGAAUCCCCACGACAAUUCACUGUGGCGAGGUAUGGAAACACAUCCAGGUACCAAACAGGAAGGAGAUCCAAGCAAUGUUGGACUUCUGCCCUCAAAGGUUGGGUCAUGUCUGCUGCCUCGACGACGAAGAGUGGAAAAAGCUCAAGUCAUCGAUGAUCCCGGUGGAGAUAUGUUUAACCUCCAAUGUUAUGACCGGAGGCGCCCCAUCUCUGGAGCUUCAUCACUUUGCUGACCUCUACAACGCGAAACACCCUCUGUCGAUAUGCACCGACGAUUCUGGCCUCUUUUCGACGAGCCUCUCAAAUGAGUAUUACCUGGUCGCGUCUACCUUUGGUCUUAGCAAGACCGAGCUGUUUCGGCUAGCCCAGGGCGCUGUGGAGCUCGUGUUCGCCGACGAUGAGGUGAAGAAGUCACUGAGGGCGGUGUUUGAGCUUGCGGCGGCGGAGACGCUCACAAGCUAG